UACCAAUGGCUAGAAGCAGACCGUCAUGGCAAGAGCCAAGAUGCUGCAAAUACGGCUUCAGGUGAAAAUUUUGACCAGAGCCCUCUGAGAAGAACAUUCAAAUCCAAAGUGCUGGCCCACUAUCCUCAGAAUAUAGAAUGGAAUCCUUUUGAUCAAGAUGCUGUGAACAUGUUGUGCAUGCCUAAAGGACUGUCUUUCAGAACACAAACUGACAAUAAAGAUCCUCAGUUCCACUCAUUCAUCAUCACCCGGGAAGAUGGUUCUCGUACCUAUGGCUUUGUUCUCACCUUUUACGAAGAGGUUACAAGCAAGCAGAUCUGCACGGCCAUGCAGACACUGUACCAGAUGCACAACGCCGAGCACUGCAGCAGUGUGUGUGCCUCAUCCUCCUGCAGCAUGGACUCGCUGGCAAGCAGCAUCGACGAGGGAGAUACCACGUCCCUCCUGAAACUCCAGAGAUACAACUCAUAUGACAUCAGCAGAGACACCCUGUAUGUGUCCAAGAGUAUAUGCUUGAUCACACCUCUGCCUUUCAUGCAGGCCUGCAAGAAAUUCCUCGCCCAGCUUCAUGCAGCGGUAACCUCGCCGCAGCCCCCGCCCCUGCCGCUGGAGAGCUACAUCCAUAACAUCCUGUAUGAGGUGCCCCUUCCACCUCCAGGGAGAUCACUGAAGUUUUAUGGUGUUUAUGAGCCUGUCAUCUGCCAGAGGCCCGGGCCCAGUGAACUCCCCCUUUCCGAUUACCCUCUGCGGGAGGCCCUGGAGCUGCUGGGCCUGGAGAACCUGGUGCAGGUGUUUACCUGUGUUCUUUUAGAGAUGCAGAUCCUGCUCUACUCACAAGAUUACCAACGCUUGAUGAUGGUGGCGGAAGGCAUCACCGCUCUGCUGUUCCCGUUUCAGUGGCAGCACGUCUAUGUCCCCAUCCUCCCUGCUUCCCUGCUGCACUUUCUUGAUGCUCCUGUGCCUUAUCUGAUGGGCCUUCAGUCAAAAGAAGGAACUGACCGUUCUAAACUAGAACUUCCUCAAGAGGCUAAUUUGUGUUUUGUGGAUAUCGAUAACCACUUUAUUGAGCUGCCUGAGGAAUUUCCACAGUUCCCCAACAAGGUAGAUUUGAUCCAGGAACUCUCUGAAGUUCUUCUUCAGUUUGGGAUCCCUCCAGAGGGCAGCCUGCACUGCAGUGAGAGCGCCACCCAGCUGAAGAAUCUGGUUCUGAAAGACUUGGUCAACGACAAGAAGAACGGCAACGUGUCCACCGGUAGCCUCAGCGUGUUUGAGUUCCUCCAGGGCAACGAGACCAUGGCCCGCCUCCAGGCUCUUGCCAAGAGGACCGGCGUGGCUAUGGAGAAAAUGGAGCUGCCCGCCCCUCCGGAUGAAAAGGAAAGAGAUCUGAAACGCCAGUGCGAAGAGGCAGAACUGAGGGACUACAAACUCAACGUGCAGCUCCGAGAGGUCUUCGCCAACCGCUUCACGCAGAUGUUUGCGGAUUAUGAAGCGUUUGUGAUUCAGACUGCCCAGGACAUGGAAUCCUGGCUGACCAAUCGGGAACAGAUGCAGAACUUUGACAAAGCUUCUUUUCUGUCUGACCAGCCUGAGCCUUACCUACCAUUUCUGUCACGCUUCAUUGAAACCCAGAUGUUUGCCACCUUCAUUGAUAAUAAAAUUAUGUCUCAAUGGGAAGAGAAGGAUCCUUUGCUUCGGGUCUUUGACUCUCGUAUUGAGAAGAUAAGACUGUAUAACGUAAGGGCUCCCACCAUGCGGACAUCUAUCUAUCAAAAAUGCAGCACUUUAAAAGAAGCAGCCCAAUCAAUUGAGCAGCGGCUGAUGAAAAUGGAUCACACAGCAAUCCACCCACAUCUGCUGGAUAUGAAAAUUGGUCAAGGCAAAUAUGAGCGAGGAUUUUUUCCAAAGUUACAGUCAGAUGUCUUGGCAACCGGACCAGCCAAUAACAAUCGCUGGGUAAGUCGGAGUGCCACCACACAGCGCAGGAAAGAACGCCUUCGCCAGCAGUCUGAGCACAUUGGACUAGACAACGACAUGAGGGAGAAAUAUAUGCAAGAGGCACGGAGUUUAGGGAAGAACCUGAGACAACCCAAAUUGUCAGACCUCUCUCCAGCAGUGAUUGCACAGACCAACUGGAAGUUUGUGGAAGGUUUAUUAAAAGAAUGUAGAAUGAAGACAAAACGUAUGUUGGUGGAGAAGAUGGGACACGAGGCAGUGGAACUGGGUCACGGAGAAGCAAACAUAACCGGUUUGGAGGAGAACACUUUGAUUGCCAGCCUCUGUGACCUGCUGGAAAGGCUCUGGAGCCACGGCUUGCAGAUCAAGCAGGGGAAGUCAGCGCUGUGGUCACAUUUAAUUCAGUUUCAGGACAGAGAAGAGAAACAAGAACACCUUGCAGAAUCGCCAGUUACCCUUGGACCAGAAAGAAGAAAAUCUGACUCAGGAGUUAUGCUGCCAACACUUAGGGUCUCUCUAAUCCAAGACCUGAGGCAUAUUCAGAACAUGAGUGAGAUCAAGACUGACGUUGGACGAGCUCGCGCAUGGAUAAGAUUGUCUCUAGAAAAGAAGCUCUUGUCCCAGCAUCUCAAGCAGUUGCUGUCUAACCAGCCGCUCACCAAGAAGCUUUAUAAGCGCUACGCUUUUCUACGUUGUGAAGAAGAACGAGAGCAAUUUCUUUACCACCUUCUUUCCCUCAAUGCGGUGGACUAUUUCUGCUUCACCAGUGUGUUCACCACGAUCAUGAUUCCAUAUAGGUCAGUGAUCAUCCCAAUCAAAAAGUUAAGCAAUGCAAUCAUCACAUCCAACCCUUGGAUCUGUGUGGCGGGAGAGUUGGGAGACACAGGAGUAAUGCAGAUUCCCAAAAACCUCCUGGAAAUGACUUUUGAGUGCCAGAACUUGGGGAAGCUCACCACCGUGCAGAUCGGCCAUGACAACUCAGGACUGUUAGCCAAGUGGCUAGUGGAUUGUGUGAUGGUCAGAAAUGAAAUCACCGGGCAUACCUACAGGUUCCCUUGUGGGCGGUGGCUGGGGAAAGGCAUUGAUGACGGAAGUCUGGAGAGGAUUCUGAUUGGAGAGCUAAUGGCCUCUGCCUCCGAGGAGGGGCUGGUGAAGCAGUGUCGGACUCCGCCCCAGCAGAAGUCACCAACCUCAGCGAGGCGAUUGAGCAUGCCGUCACUGACAGGAAAAGCCAACAAGCCCAAUGCUGGACAGAUACAAGAAGGAAUUGGAGAAGCUGUGAACAAUAUUGUGAAACAUUUUCACAAACCUGAAAAAGAGAGAGGAAGCCUCACCGUCUUGCUUUGUGGAGAAAACGGCCUGGUUGCAGCACUUGAGCAAGUCUUCCACCAUGGGUUCAAAUCCGCCCGCAUCUUUCACAAGAAUGUCUUCAUCUGGGACUUUAUAGAGAAAGCCGUUGCUUAUUUUGAAACCGCUGACCAGAUUCUAGAUAAUGAAGACGAUGUCCUUAUUCAGAAAUCAUCCAGCAAACCCUUCUGCCACUAUGUGCAUGCCAUUAAUACUGCACCCAGGAGCAUUGGAAAGGAUGGCAAAUUCCAGAUUUUAGUUUGCCUCGGAACAAGGGAUCGCCUGCUUCCGCAGUGGAUUCCAUUGUUAGCCGAGUGCCCUGCCAUCACCCGAAUGUAUGAAGAGAGUGCCCUGCUGCGAGACCGCAUGAGUGUCAACUCCCUCAUCCGCAUCCUGCAGACCAUUCAGGACUUCACCCUGGUUUUAGAAGGCUCGCUCAUCAAAGGAGUGGAUGUGAACCCAGUUGGCUAGAAGCUCUCAGUCCAGAGAUUGCUUGCUCCUGAACCUUGAACCUUCCCCUACUAAACCAGUCCAGAUGGAUCGAUUUGGACUUGUCUGGUACAGUAGUGAUUCACUGCAGGGGGCAGCUACUCUAUCCCCCAAUUUGAACAAUCCUUAAUGCUACAGACAAGGCAAAUGCUGUGUUGUAGUUCAUUUGAACCUGGAAUUUAGUAUAAAAUAGAGUAUUUUCAUGUGUUAGAAGUGUGUAAAUAUGCUAUCUUGAAGAAAUUAUAUUACUCUAAUAACAUACUUUUCUUAGAUUGAAUAUUACUGUGACUUAAAAAAUAAGUAGUUUAAAAAAAGUCAGGGUUUGGGGUGUAAAGAGAGGUGCUAGUCAGGAAGAAGCCAGUAAACAUGUAAAUACAGUGCCACCCAGAUGGGCUGAUUUUCCCUCCAUGUGUCAGAGAGGAACCCAGAAUGCAUUGUCAUGUCGGAGCCAGCCACGCCUGUGUCCCGUCCUGUGUGUUGUGAAUGUAAACUGCUUUACCUACUGAAACGGCAAGUCCGCAGUUCUUUCCUUGAAGUUACAAACUGUCUCAUACACUUGAAUUGUGAGUCACUUUUCCAGUCUUCAGAGGGAAAAAAAAUUUCAGUGUGCACAAGAUGGAGAUAAAAUUGAAAUAUUUAAAAUACUGAACCCCAGGAGCCUGGCUGAACUGGAGAGAGAGCACACAAAGCCUAAGAAGUAUGUUAAAUUGUGGGAUUAUAACGUCUUUACACUUUGGAAAGAUUAGCCUAGACUAACUUCAUUCCUGGCAUUUUUACUCUUGUUAUUUGAGGGACUUUGGGGAGAUGUGAAUUUGAGCAUACAGCUUUGUGAUUCCUGGUCCUUUGGCCAUCCAGACUGCUUUUCCUCAGAAGGCUGCCCCCCAGCCCCUAUCCCCAAGCCCAUCCCCCUCACAGGAAAUGCAAAGAAUGUUUAAGGAGGAGGGGCCUCCUCUGUGGGGCCUGGAAUGUUUUUGUGAAAAGUAUUUGUUGACCAUGAUACUGCAAAUAACAGGAGAGAAAGAAUGGAUGUCUGAGGGGGAUGGGGCGGUUCCAAGGAAGCCAUGUAUGUUUCUUUGCACAAGGAGUAAAAAUGUAAAACAACUGGUCCCUGGGAGUUCGAGGGCACUGCCACACAGACUAACAAAAUGAAAGCAAAACGAGAGGACCACUUACAAAGACCAAAAGUGUAACUUCCUAGUUUGAUUAUGAGAAAGUCCAAUAAAUGUGGUGUCAGCUGAUCACUUAGGUCUUGUGCCGAGUAGGUCCUGUAAUUCUUCCUGAGGCGUGUGUACAUUUUAGCAGUGAGGUUGCCUCAGCAGCGCCCCGGGAGUUAGUCUCAGGUGGCUGAGGAGCAAAGCCAGAGGCUCUUGGGAGCCGUGCACAACCCACUGGAGGGUGCUGGGCUUUAGCCAACAGCUGUGUCCCUUAUUUCCUGGAGGAAGAAACUAAUAAAGCAAGUACCCCUCUCCCCUUAUCAACCACUGUACUCAUUCAGGGCAGCCAGGAAACAGCCCCUUCUAAUGCUCUUGGGCCGAAUUGGAAGGCGUGGGGAGGGUUUAAGAAGCUAGGUGGCCCUGGAUAGACACAAGAUUUGCUGACCUCCAGCCAAGCUGUGUCUACCAUAGGGUGGCUUUUCCACUGUGGCUUGGAAAGACUGUUAGGGAGACCUCCAGAACUUCUUAUACGACAGGCUAUUAAAGUGUGGUACUGCCUAGGAACAGUCCACUACUGAUUUAAUGGAUGCUUUUGUCCUUACCUCUUCCGAAAUCCAUGUGUUUGACACACCCUGGGCUACCAAUGAGGAUGAGUUCGAUUAAUUAUACAUGGAAAGACUUACUGAUCAAAGAGAUAAAAUACUUACCCAUAGCUGGUCAGUGACAGGACAACACAGAGUCUAGAAUGGCUGGUUUUGUUUUUAUUGUCCUGGUCUGCAUGCGACCAGACCUUCCAGGCAUCGUUACUAAGAGACUGCAAUGCUCAUUCUCCCUCUUCUGCAGAUACUAAGCCCAGAUAGACCGGUAGGAAGUAAGCAUUAUUAUACAUUUUAACAAACCGCUUUCAAAUGGGUGAGAAUUAACAUCUGUUAUAAAAAAAAACAGGUCCAGAGUUGGAUGAUUUGAGGCUGUAAAAUAAACCAUUGAUUUAAAAAUGACACCCUAUCCCUCAAAAAGAUAGGUUAUACUUGAAGUUUCAGCUCAUUUUAUAUAGUAUAACAGCAAAAUCACUGGUUUAAAAAUAUAUAUAAAACAUGAGAUUCAGUACAUGCUCCUCAAUACUGGGCUCUUUAAAGCAUUGACAGGGAACCAGUGACUGAGUCAGUGCUCUGAGCAUGGGCGGAAGUCCUUGAAAGCUGCCUGAGGGGCCUCCUGUCCAUUUUUUUAAAUAUUCUUGGUAGUGGAAAAGCUAGGCCUUCCAGAAUAUAUUCAGUGUUUGGAAGUGACUUAAAGGCCUUCAGAUCUAAGUUUGAAAAAUAAAAAGAAUGCUUACCAAAGUAAUGGGGUCACAUAUUUAAAAAUAACACUUAUUUCUUACAUGACUUUUAAUUGCCCUUGAACCAGUACUAAAAUACUGUCAGCAGAGCAAUAGUAGAAUCCUUAGAGCCUUUAAGGUGACUUCUGAAAGGACCAUACCCACUUAGAGAUAUUGUUAAUAGUAAAAAUUAGUAUAUUGCUUUAUCAUAACUUGUUAAAAUGAAUAAAAAUCCAAAUUUUUAGUCUUUUUUUAAAAAUCUCAAAGCAAAUAUCUGGGACCAUAAUUAGUAUUUUCACAAAAAAUCAAUAGCUUGAAAAUAAGUUGUUUUAAAAUUAAAUCGCCAAAAGUAUUAUCUCUUGAAAAAUACUUUUUUUGCCAAGUAUUUUUCAGAUCUCCUGACAUCCCUAAUGUCAACCCUGGUAGCAAGGUGGCAAACAUAGGUGUUGCAAUUAGGUGUGAAAACCUCAAGCUAUGCACUGGCCAGGAGUCAUUAGCUCCUUAAAAAUGAGGCUCAGUGCUUGUGAAAUAGCAUAAAGUAGGGUUCUGGCUGGCGGGGGAAGCCUGGAUCUUCCUCUAAAGUUGAUAACAAAUGUUUAAUUCAUUUUUAUGCCUUUUGGGACCUGUAAUACUAUAACAUGACUUUAUAUUUUAAAAUUCAUUUCAGUGGUCUUCUGCCACACUAUAUAUGAACGAUAGAGGAGAACUACGGAGUUCUGGUAUUUCUUCUUUUUGUCAAUAAAGACGGUUCAUGAAUGUAAGUGGGUGAGAGGGCUGUGACCACGCGUAUCAGCUUGUGUAUAUUACAUGUUGACACCCCUAAGACAUUUUGAAACAUGAGGCAACUGCCAAGGACUUCACAUCUACAGGGCAAUAUUUAUGUAACCUCACUGGAGUGUAGCGUUUCAUAAUGAAAUACCUUCUCUGCACUAUAAAAGGAGUGUUCGGUAGACUACUUUCGUUUGAAGAACCUUGAAUAUUUCUCUGUGAGGUUUACAGAAACUGGUCUUGUUUUCUUUUACCAUGUUGAAAGGAAAGUCUGAACCUUAACUACAUCUGUUUCAGUGUUAACACACCUUCAUUGAUUGAGAAUGGAGUCUUGAGCCAUCCACUACUCUCCCAAAAGUGAAUCUUACUCCCAGGUUAUCUGGGUCUUUUGAAGACCCUUUUUCUGAGACAGUAUUUUUUAUGUUAUUCUGUACCAUAUAGAAAACGGGAAAAAUCAGAAACUACUCUGGUUCCACAUUCCUGUUGAGGCAUGCAUAUAUCGUGUGGGAAAACGAGCCUACACUUUCUAUGUGGAUUGCAGAUUGUAAUGUGAUCACAAGGUCCCAAGAAGAACCUCAUCCUUCCAAAUCUUGUUCAAGCUCACAUGCCCUCUCGAGGAGAAAUUAAAGAUUGGCUUUGGAAAGAGAUUACAUUGAGCUAAAAUACCAAGGUGAGAAAAAGUUCAUCAAGCCAAAUUUAUACCCGCCUGAAGGGAUCCUGGGUAUCCUUGAAUUACUGGAGAGGAAAUCAUGCUUGAUCCAAUUCCCAAGUGAAAUCAGUCUUGCUGGUAAUAGAAAGGCAAGGUAAAGAGUUUCUGUUAGCAAUCAAAUGAGGGUGUGAAACAUGUAGAAAAAAAUCUGUGUUACACUUGAACCAUGUAUAAAUGUAUCCUGUGUAUCUUAAAACAUUUCUGCAUUUAAAUUAUAUUGUUUUUCUUUAUAAUGUUAGCAAAAUGCGUCAGAACUGGAUUUUUUUCUUCAGUUGAACAUAAUAUAAAUUUUAAAGAGUAUUGUGAUAUCAAGCACUUUACCAUACGUAUCAUAGAAACUGAUGUGGGUUUUUCAGGUUUUGGAGUACAUUUAAAUAUGACUUUUCAUGCUUUGUUCUAUACAAAUAAAACUGUGGGGUUGA